UGCCUUUUGGAGGCCUCCGAAUGACAGCAGUCCACGAUUUUCGAUCCCGGGAUCCUCGUCGGGUCGUUGGCUGUGUCCUAUUUUCCGAAGCAUUCACCUCAGGGCAAUGAGAAACACGGGCCCCAUUCCCCCCUCCUUUGCCCCACUUCCGUCCCCUUUUAAAUGGCCAGCCCUAUAGCGAAACGUCCCAUUUGCUGCAUCAGAGGGAGAGAAUGGCUUCGUCCCAUUCGGAGCCGGCAGAAGAUGAGCCAGAGGCGGCGGAAGUGGAGGGGACCUUGGAGCCCCCCGAAGAUUUCCGAGAGAAGCCCCUUCCUCAAGCCCUCAGGGACUACUCUGGGGACCCCGAAGAGCCCCCCGAAAUGCCGAGGGAGCACGCAAUCAAACGCUUCUUGAAGGACGACUCGGAAGAGGCAGAGCUGGUCCAGUUCCUCGGCGACCAACCUGCGGAGCAGACCUUCCGUCGCCCGGAGCCCAAACAGGAGGAAGACACCUGCAAGGGCCUUGGUCUCCAUCGUGGGCCCCCCGAGAUGUUCGCCGCCAUGACGGGGGCCCGGCCCCUGCCCCAGGACGAUGCUGUCACCAUGGAUGAGAAGGAGCCCAAAGCCUUCCACCGGCCACGGCCUCUUGAUCUGAGGCAGCAACAACCACAGCAGCAUAUGGCUGCUCCGGCGCCACCUAGCCCUUCUCGGCCUCGGAGCCCUUGGGGAAGACUGGAUCCGUACGAUUCUGAUGAGGAUGAUAAGGAAUAUGUCGGGUUUGCCACUCUGCCCAACCAGGUCCAUCGGAAGUCGGUCAAGAGGGGAUUUGACUUCACGCUGAUGGUUGCAGGAGAAGCCGGGCUGGGAAAAUCGACUCUGGUGAACAGCCUCUUUCUUACGGAUCUAUACAAGGACCGUAAACUCUUAAAUGCGGAAGAACGGAUCCUCCAGACAGUGGAGAUCACCAAACAUGUGGUGGACAUUGAGGAGAAAGGCGUCAAGCUCCGCUUAACCAUCGUGGACACGCCAGGCUUCGGAGAUGCCGUCAACAACACCGAAUGCUGGAAGCCAGUGGCCGACUACAUCGACCAGCAGUUUGAGCAAUACUUCCGGGACGAAAGCGGCCUCAACCGGAAGAACAUUCAGGACAACCGAGUGCAUUGCUGCCUCUACUUCAUCUCCCCUUUCGGACAUGGGUUACGGCCCUUGGAUGUGGAGUUCAUGAAAGCACUCCACCAGCGGGUGAAUAUCGUGCCCGUCUUGGCCAAAGCAGACACCCUCAUGCCCUCAGAGGUGGACCGGAUGAAGAACAAGAUCCGGGAUGAAAUCGAACAGUUUGGGAUCCGGAUCUACCAGUUCCCUGAUUGCGACUCAGACGAAGACGACGAUUUCAAGCUGCAGGACCAGGAGCUCAAAGAGAGCAUCCCAUUUGCCGUAAUUGGCAGCAACACGGUCGUGGAGGCCAAAGGGAGACGCAUCCGAGGCCGACUGUAUCCAUGGGGCGUCGUGGAAGUGGAAAACCCGGCCCAUUGCGACUUUGUCAAGCUGCGCACCAUGUUGGUGAGGACGCACAUGCAGGACCUGAAGGACGUGACCCGGGAGACGCACUACGAAAACUACCGGGCCCAAUGCAUCCAGAGCAUGACUCGGAUGGUAGUCAAGGAGCGCAACCGGAAAAUAGCAAACUCACCAGAGAAAGUGGGACAGACUUCCCCAUCCCCGCCAUGCCGCCGGUCCCGGACUCGGAAACGGAGAAGCUGAUCCGGGAAAAGGAUGAGGAGUUGCGUCGGAUGCAGGAAAUGUUGCAGAAAAUCCAGCAGCAGAUGGAAGACACCCACUAGCCCUUUCUUACUUCUCAGUUGCCCGUCCUCCAACCUUCUCCAUCUCUGGUCCUCUUUCUCACCCUCCUGCCUCGGAGACACACAAUGUUUACAUUUCUCAUCCAGAACUUGACCUCAUCCUGGCACCUCUGACUUGACGCUCCUCAUAGAGAUAUAUAUAUAUAGCGAGAGAGAGAGAAAGAGAGAGAGAUUAUAUACUCACACACAUUGCUGCAACCAUCGCCUUACAGCCAAAGUUGGCCGCGCUUUGCUGAAGAAACAAGACGCUCGCCCAAAGAUUUGACCUGCGACUCCCAGCAUGUGGGAAUUCCGCCUUUCUGUUUUCUGGUUACCUGAAAGACGCCGUUGUGGCAAUGAACAUAUUUCGGAGGAUGUCUAAUCAGUUGGGAAGGAGUUAGAGAAGGUAGAAAAGCUGGGAAAGGACAGAGCCAACUAGCAGUCCACCAUUUCUGCCCGAUGUUGAUAGACCUUCCUUGGUAGCCACCAUAGGGUUGGCUCUUUCAAAGGUGGCUCGGCUCUUUGAGAGAUGAGAGGUCACCCUAAGCAAGGAGUUGAGGUCCAAUGGGAGUGUCCCUAAAGUUGUGUAUCCACGAAUUGGGACAUCAGUCCUUCAGAACCACCAUCCAUCCAUGGUCCAGGCUUGGAAGAUCACACCGCCAUUGCAAGGCUAGCUGGAGGCCCCCAAAAGAGUACCUUCUCCAGUCGUUGGAUCGUAAUAAUCUCCCACGAGUCCUGCUUAUUGAGAAACCCCGAAAGCCAUUCCUAUCAUUCAGGACGUUGGGGUUGCCAACACCGCCUUUCUGCUGUGCUCCUCUGCCUUGGGGCACUUUGACAUAUACUUGCCAGCUUUAUUUUCCUAGCAUGGAGAGGCAUCUUCCCCCACUUCGUUUGCAGGUAAAAUAGCUAUUACUAUACAGGAGUGACAAUAGAUUGGGGUGUAUAUUUGAAUAAUCCCCUCUGCAAUAUUAUAGCGUAACAUGCCUUUAAAAUACUCUCCCUUUUUAUUCUUCGAGGUUGGUUAUUGCCCCCCCCCCGAAAUCCUUGUUCAAUUGAUGGAUUAAUUAUUGUAAAAUAUUGAUCAUGUACUCUUUCCGAUGCUUUCUUACUGCAGGCGACAUUCUUGAAUGCCUAAUUUUUCACCCAUUUUAAGGUAUUAUUAUUAUUAGAUAUAUUUAUUAUUGUAAUACAUUAAUUUAUUUUGACCAUUAAUGUUCCAUUAUUUAUUCUUUAUUAUGUUGAUAUUUUUUUAGUUUGACAAUUCAGAAGUGGCAUUUUUGAAUGCCUGGUUUCUCACGGAUUUUUAGUUGCUAUAUUAUUAUUAUUAUUAUUAUUAUUAUGAGUUGACAUAUUUAUUAUUGUGGCAUAUUGAUUACUUUUGGCCUGGUUUCUCACGGAUUUUUAGUUUCUAUAUUAUUAUUAUUAUUAUGAGUUGACAUAUUUAUUAUUGUGGCACAUUGAUUGCUUUUGGCCACAUAGUUUGUGUACUCUUCUUGGGGAGCAGCGGCGUAAAGUUAGGGAGCACUUUAGGAUGGUUUUUCAGGGUUUACGGGUCCAUUCCGCCCCCCACCCCCAAAUCUUGCUAUUUUCUUACCCAAAAAGAUUUUAUUUUGCACGGCUGUCAAAACCAAGAAAUGUAUUUAUUGAUACAGAUGCAAAAGAAUGAGAUGUUUAUACCUUUGGAAAGGCUCCGGUAGAGAAUAUUUUUAAACCCGCCAAUAAAUAUUGCAAAUUUCAAGA